AUGAACGCCUGUAUGGUUCUUCACGCCCGACCCGAGAUAGAAGAUUUGGCGCGAGAAGAAUGGUUUGCCGGUCGAGAGGAGAGAUUAAGAGCUCGAGAAAGAGAAGCUCAGGAGACUGAAAAACGGAGACAAGAAGUUAUUGCCAUGAUGAAGAAGGACGACGAGAAACGGGCUGCAGCCAAAGCCGCGAAGAGUUCAUGA